CACAACACAGGGUUCAGUUUCCUCCUCAGUCCCCGACGCGACAGCAGCUUCCUUGUGCGGCUCUCCUCGUCCCACUGGAAAAUGGAGCUUGUGGACUUGUCCCGUUUCGUCAUGGAUCUCACAUCCGUCCGUCUCCUGCUCAUUGUUGGUCUUGUCGUUGUCGCCCAAGCUCAAAACUGUACCAAACCUGUGGCCGGAGCCAACAUGGACUUGAAGGACAUUGACAUUCUCUUGGAUUCGUUCCAGAAUGGCACUGUGGUUUCUUUCAUCUGUAAUGUUGGCUACACGCCUGCAGGAGGGUCCCCAUCCGUUACUUGUGAAGACGGCAGCUGGAGUCCUGUGAAGCUGACAUGCCAGAUAAAGAGCUGUGGCUCUGCUGGAGAAGUUGCAAACGGAUACAUUGAUUACUCUCAAGGGAUUGAUUUUGGCGCUGAAGCAGUGGCCGUCUGCAACACAGGUUACGAUUUGGUUGGCAAAGCAGAACUCGUGUGUAGAGACAAAGGGUGGAUGGGCAGGUUGCCUACAUGUGAAGUAAUUACUUGUGGUUUGCCACGUGGGAUUGAAAAUGGCGAUUUCAGUCCAAAAAAAGAAGACUACUACGAAUAUUUGGAGGUUAUACAAUUCGUUUGCCAAAAACCGUAUUCACUCAAAGGUUCCAAAUCAUCAACAUGUUCAGAGGGUAGGGUAUUCAAGCCUGAUCCUCCAGAGUGUAUCAUUGUUAAUUGUCAAGAGCCUGUUAUUGACUUUGGUAAAUGGGCAGCGGGUUCUCGACCCCCCUAUAAACACUUGGCUAGUGUGACGUUGGAGUGCGAUACCAGAUACGACAUGGUGGGAGAGAGGACACAGACAUGUGACAUAAAUAGCGACUGGUCACCCGGUCUUCCAAAAUGCAAAUUGUCUGCCACAACUAAAGCCACAACUAAAGCUACUACUAAAGCCACAACUAAAGCUACUACUACCACCACCACCACCACCACCACCACCAAGACCAAGACCACCACCACCACACCUUCAGGGAAACAAACGGUGUCUGCCACAACUAAAGCUGCUACCACCACCACCACCACCACCACCACACCUUCAGGGAAACAAACGGCUGCUCUUAAACCAACUGACAAACCUGAGAGUGGAAGUGACGGCGUUACACAGACUGUGUUCAUAACUCUGACAGUAAGCAUUAGCGUCCUGAUGGCCCAGCUGUACGGGCUGUACUAAUGAUCUGAAUGGAAGAGGGCCGCCCUGGACGAGUGUUUGAACCUGCUUAUGGCUUUAAUUUGGAGAGACAGACAUGAUGAAAUGUCUAGAGAUCCUGAAAUCUCUGCAAAUUGCGCUCAGUCCUCAGCUACUGCUUGUUGCUCUGGUUAGUCGACAGUAAUGUACAUAUCUGAUACUCUUUUAACUUUCCUUACUUAUUCCUGCCCAUAAUGAAGACCAGUGCAGAAGUUUUUCUUUUGUCUUAAUAUUAAUGAAUGACAUUGAGUUUGUCAGAGAAGCUUUAUCUCCAUAUAGAUUUUAUACUUUUGCACUAAAACUCAAGAGCACAGCUCGGGCCACUGUAGCAUGAAAUGCAGCAAUGGUUGGGAUUGAGAAACAAAUGAAUGUAUGCACUGCUCACCUUUUAAAAUACAGCCGCGUUUGCCUGCAGGUCUUAAUGGUCAUGUGCCUUUAACGACAAGCAUCAGUGAGAAGAGGAGGAACAAGUCUGGUGUUGGAGCUGUUUAUGCAACAGCCGCCUGUUACUUCCCCGAAACAAAAAUGUAGAACAUUCACUCACACUCACUCAGUUCAGACAGAACAAACUUUGAGGCUUCAUCCACGAUACCACUCCCCAGCUGUAUAUUUCAACUAAAGGAACAUAAACCUCAACUCACAGAAAACUCCCCAGCAAAGCCAUUCGGUGCGUCCUCAUCGGCGGCCUCCUGUCUCUCCAGCUGGGCCAGGAACGUCCUCAGUACCCUGGCCUGCUGCUCCAUGGCUGGCUGUUCACUGCCGGGGAUAUGACACCUCUCAUGUCAGGUCACAGAGGUCCUCGUCCACAAGUCAUGGAGAACAGUGAGGUCGUCAAGGCUUGUGUUCAGGGCUGUGGGACCCCUGCUGCUGCUGCUGCACAGAGCACCUCUUUGGUGCAACGCUCACAUCAAGGAACUAUUGUGAGGGACUUAUUCAAACUGUCUGAGAGGAAGCAAGAGUUAACUAACAGGUUCUCUGGUCAUAUUAAAAAAAAUGUGCUGCACCCCCUUUGGUGUCUCUCCCUGGGUCCUGGAGUCACCAGGGUGUUUGAUUGCAUUGCAGUGUCACAGAAGGAAUGAGAGGGAAACACCCACAAACAGAGGAGGCCGCACGCUUAUAAACAGGCGUGAACAGCUGUUCCAGCCCCGAGGAACAGCUGUAAAAGACCAGCGGAGGAGGGAUGUGGUUGGGGAUGGAGGCAGAGGCAAAGGGAGUGGUGAAGAGAACAGGAAAAUCCAGGUCUCUCCAUUUCUGUCUGCUGAAUUUCCACAGUAAGCGAUUGUUAUGGUAAACCAGUUCCCAGUCUUUUAGAUGAACUAGUGUCCGGUUAACUCUGCCAAAACUUCAGUUCCGAAGGAGCAAUAAAAUGAAUGAAAUAAAUAUAAAUGAUAAUGAAUAAUGAUAAUAAUAUGGUGGUGACAUCUAGUGGUUUUGUGGUAACAUAGCACUUGCAGCAAUUCUUCCUCUGUGGACCUGAUUUGGUUAAAUUUACUGUUAAAUUUUGCAAGUGACACCACCGUUGAUGUGAGUUUGUGUAAUAAGGGUCUGAAAUGUGUAAAAACGAAUCAAACUGUCCGUAGCCGAGGUGAAAAUGCAGUUUCCUCAAAUCUCACUAUAUUUUAAAGAGGAUUUUACAAAUUUCACAACCUAAGUUAAAUGUGACCUAAUUCAUAACUGGGAGAUGAAAAUAAAUAAAUAAAAUAAUUAUAGUUGAUGUUCAGUUUUCUUUGUUGAACACAGGUGGACUAACUCAUUGUUGUAGCUGCUUUGCAAAUGUAAUGAAAUGUAAAUGAGAUGCAUCACCUUGUUUCCAAGAAGCUCUGAAUCUCUUCUUUUCAGGAAGCCUUCAGCUGCAGUGUGAUUAAAAACAGAUCACAGCAAA